UCCUUUUCGUUCGUCCUCAGUGCAGGGUAACGCAGACAUACUUGCCUUCCUCUUAAGAAACGGUUCACAUUUCGAGGUUUUACAUCUUUUGAAAGCCAUCUAUACCAUCCUGUCAGUUACGGAAAAUUGUAAAAAAGGAUUAGGCGCUUCUGUUGACAUUUACAAAGAGUUCCUAGCAGUUGACGGACCCAUUCACCAUGGAUGUGAUAGUGCGCAGAUGCCCAUUUUUGGCGAGCGUCCCCCAGGCUUUCUUCCAGCAGACAAAGAAGUCUCUGGUCACGUAUGCGCAGCGAUGCCCCAUUAUGAUGGAGCUGGCUGCUAAACCCAUGGCCCCUUCCAUGGCACGGGCCCUCUGCUCCUCCUCCUCUCAUCAGCAGACGGGUUCCAGUAAAGUUGAAGCUCCUAAACAAGUAGAGGAGUCAAAACUGCCAGCUGGUCAUCCCAUGCCACCUCAAGGCCAGAACGUGGCCUCAAAAUGCCCCUUUCUGGCUGCUGAAAUGAAGCAGAAGAACAGCGCUGUUGUUCGUCAGGUUUCCAUGGAGUACCAAGAGGAUGUACGGGAAAUACGCACCGUCCAGAAAGCUGAAGUUUCAUCCGCCCAGUUGAAGGAGACACGCUUGGCCAGCACCAAAAUAGGAGGCGAGCAGUCAAACCUAAUGAAGACCCUCCUGAAGCAGCGCCCUAAGAGAGUCAGCCACCUGCUUCAGGACAACAUGCCAGGAAGAAUGUCCCGUUUCCAGUACGACGACUUUUUUGAGAAGAAGAUCGAGGAGAAGAAGAGCGAUCACACGUACCGCGUCUUUAAGACGGUGAAUCGUCUGGCCACGGAGUUUCCCAUGGCUGACGACUUCACGGGCUCUCUAGAGGACAAAAGGGAGGUGUCUGUCUGGUGCAGCAAUGACUACCUGGGCAUGAGUCGACACCCUCAAGUUGUGCAAUCUAUAAUGGACACUUUACAAAAGCAUGGUUCAGGAGCAGGGGGUACCAGGAAUAUCUCUGGGACCAGUAAAUUCCAUGUGGAGCUGGAGCAGGAGCUGGCUGACCUGCACAAGAAGGAUGCGGCACUGCUGUUUACUUCCUGUUUCGUCGCCAAUGACUCUACCCUGUUCACUCUUGCAAAGAUGCUGCCCGGAUGUGAGAUCUACUCUGAUGGGGGAAACCACGCCUCAAUGAUCCAGGGUAUCCGGAACAGUGGCGCCAAGAAGUUCGUGUUUCGCCACAAUGAUGUCGCUCAUCUCCGAGAGUUGCUACAAAAGGGAGACCCCAGCAAACCCAAGAUUGUGGCCUUUGAGACGGUCCAUUCCAUGGAUGGAGCUGUGUGUCCUCUGGAAGAGAUGUGCGACCUGGCCCAUGAGUUUGGCGCCAUCACCUUUGUAGAUGAAGUCCACGCCGUCGGCUUGUACGGCGCCAGAGGAGGGGGCAUCGGCGACAGGGAUGGCAUCAUGCACAAGAUGGACAUUGUUUCAGGGACUUUAGGCAAGGCCUUCGGCUGUGUGGGAGGCUACAUUGCCAGUACCUCCGCCCUGGUGGACACAGUGCGCUCUUAUGCCGCCGGUUUCAUUUUCACCACCUCUUUGCCGCCGAUGCUGCUGGCUGGAGCCAGGCAGUCCAUCCAAAUCCUCAAAGGGGAAGAGGGCCGCACGCUCAGGCGCAAACACCAGCGCAACGUCAAGCUGCUGAGACAGAUGCUGAUGGACUCGGGUCUACCUGUCGUCCACUGCCCCAGCCACAUCAUCCCCGUCCGGGUCUCAAAUGCUGAGAAAAACACGGAAGUGUGUGACAUCAUGAUGAGUCGGCACAACAUUUACGUGCAGGCGAUUAAUUACCCCACUGUUGCCCGGGGAGAAGAGCUGCUGCGCAUUGCUCCAACUCCUCACCACACCCCGGAGAUGAUGAAAUACUUUGUUGAGAGACUUGUUGAGACAUGGAAGGAGGUGGGUCUGGAGUUGAAGCCUCACUCGUCGGCUGAGUGCACCUUCUGCCAGCAGCCGCUGCACUUUGAGCUGAUGAGCGAGCGGGAGAAGUCUUACUUCAGCGGCUUAAGCCACCCGAUUUCUGCCCGCGCCUGA